GAGGCAGCCAGUUCCACAUCGAAUGCAACCAACUUUUAACUAAUGCGAAACACGCAAACACGGGCGCCUGGACGAGAUUAAUCGAAUCCCCUCACUGAAAAUGGCUGCCGUUGACUUUAUAAUGUUAACUGGUGACAGCGAGAAAAAACAAGCGGGAGAGAAAGCAGAGAGUGGCAAUGAAGAGGAAAACCAGGACCUGUCAGAGGAGGAAGGAGGCACCAGGAAGGCAGACGCCAGUUCGUCGAAGCGCAUGGUCGCCGCGACCUCAGCCAAGACCAAGAAAAAGAAACACAGGCACCGCAGCAAACACAAGAGACACAAGCAGUCUUCACCUCAGGACAAGGAGCGACGCCACAAGCACCGGCACAAGCGCAAAAAGCACAAGCGUAAAGACAGCCCCUUGACUGACGGCUUCCCCACCGGUGGCGACAACAACGCUUUCCCAUACUCUUCCUCCGCCAAGCCGCCGAGACUGGAAGACGAUGAGAUGGCGCUUCUGGAGGAGCUGGAGAAACAGAGGGCCCUGAUCCAAGCCGAGCUGGACAGUGAACUGACUGAGGGGGGCAGGGGGGUACAGUCGGGCAUGGGGCUCAUACUCCAGGGAUACCACUCUGGGGAGGAGGAGGAUGGGGAGAUUCAGGGGGAGAGGAUGUGCAACGGGCAGCACUUGCGGAGAGGGGCAACGGGGCCCGUGGCUGGCUCAGGCUCGCAGACUGCUAAAGACACCGGUAGAGUCCAGCGAGAGUCGACAGAUGCCGGCAAAGCUAAGCAGAACAAUCCCAAUAAAAACGGCAGGAAGAGAAAGAUGGACGGCAAGACCAAGGAUCAGAUGAGAGGACUGAGCACGUCCAGGGAUAGAGACAACAGGAGACAUUCCAGGAGUGCAGAUUGCUUCAAGGAAAGGGCACGGGUAUCCAAGUCUCCUCCUGGCACUAGCAAGCCUUCCCUGCCGGCUCAAAGCAGAGAGGCCCAAAACCAGGACAAACACAAGAAGCCGAUCAAGUCCCCCGCCAAGGAUGCUUCCUCUGGGAAUGAGAACUGCUCUCCUGGCCUACGAAGGAGGCCGCCAGGCCCCGCCUCCCAGCUGCAGCGCAGCAAGUCCCCAUCACAGUGCCGGGACCCCCGGGCCUCCUCCGAAGCCGAGCGACGGGCCAGGUCACCGCCACCACCCAGAGGGGGCCACCCAAGCUCCCCGGAGAGUCAAAGGAGAGAGGUGGACCGACUGAGACUCUCACCUGGCAGGAUUCGGAGCCAGGACGAGGCAGGGGGCCGCAGGGAUGCCAGCGCAGCUCUAGGUGCCCGGCGACGGCUUAGCCGCUCACCAUUCAGGAGGAGGUGUUGCUCUCCCAGGAGACGCAGCAGGUCUCCAUUCAGAAGGAGGUCAUUGGAUCGGGACAGGCUGGGACGGAGGCCGCAGUGGGGUUCCAGAUCCCAGGAGGGGAGGCAGAGACUGAGCCGGGACAGAGAGGACAAGUUCAAGGGCAGCCUCUCGGAGGGAAUGAAGGUUGACAAGGAGGACUCUGAAGAUGAAGUGCUGGAAGAUUACGACGUGGAUGAGGACGACGAGGAGGCUCUCAUCGAACAGAGGAGGCUACAGCGUCUGGCCAUCGUCCAGAAGUACAAGGGAGGGAACGAGGACAGUAACAUGUCGGAGCCCGGCAGCCCGCAGAGCAGCCAGCGCAGCCGCUCUCCCUCGCCAGACGACAUCCUGGAGCGUGUGACGGCCGACGUCAAAGAGUACGAGCGGGAAAACAUGGACACCUUUGAAGAAAACAUCAAGGCUAAGCACAACCUCAUCGAACAGGAGAAAGAUGGAACCAACCCCAAAAAACCUUCCGCCCCCGACAUGUUUACCGAAUCGGAUGACAUGUUCGCCGCCUACUUUGACAGUGCAAGGUUUCGAGCAGCAGGUAUCGGGAAGGACUUUAAGGAGAACCCCAACCUCCGAGACAACUGGACAGACGCAGAGGGAUACUACCGACUCAAUAUCGGGGAGAAACUGGACAAGCGGUAUAGUGUGUACGGCUACACGGGGCAGGGCGUGUUCAGCAACGUCAUCCGAGCCCGUGACGUGGCCCGCGCCAGCCAGGAGGUUGCUAUUAAGAUCAUUCGGAACAACGAGCUCAUGCAGAAGACUGGGCUCAAGGAGCUGGAGUUCCUGAAGAAACUCAACGAUGCCGACCCUGACGACAAGUUCCACUGCCUGCGCCUCUUCCGACACUUCUACCACAAGCAGCACCUCUGCCUGGUUUUCGAGCCUCUCAGUAUGAACCUGCGCGAGGUGCUGAAGAAGUAUGGCAAAGACGUGGGCCUCCACAUCAAGGCAGUGCGCUCCUACAGCCAGCAGCUCUUUCUGGCCCUGAAGCUGCUCAAACGCUGCAACAUCCUUCACGCCGACAUCAAACCUGACAAUAUCCUGGUGAACGAGUCGAAAACCAUCCUCAAGCUCUGCGACUUUGGUUCAGCGUCGCACGUGGCAGAGAAUGACAUCACUCCCUACCUGGUUAGCCGGUUCUACAGGGCGCCGGAGAUUAUCAUCGGGAAGCCUUACGACUACGGCAUCGACAUGUGGUCCGUUGGCUGCACUCUGUAUGAGCUGUACACGGGCAAGAUCCUUUUCCCAGGGAAAACCAACAACCACAUGAUUAAGCUCGCCAUGGACCUCAAGGGCAAGAUGCCCAACAAGAUGAUCAGGAAAGGCGUGUUCAAGGACCAGCACUUUGACCAGAACCUCAACUUCCUGUACACCGAAGUAGACAGAGUUACUGAAAGGGAGAAGGUGACAGUGAUGAGCACCAUCAACCCCACCAAGGAGCUGCUGGCUGACAUGGUAGGCUGCCAGCGUCUGCCCGAGGACCAACGCAAGAAGGUGACCCAGCUCAAGGACCUGCUGGACCAGACCCUUAUGCUGGACCCGGCCAAGAGGAUCAGCAUCAACCAGGCCCUGCAGCACCCCUACAUCCAGGAGAAGAUCUUCUGACCACUUUGUACUGUAUCCACUCACAGUCACGCAUUGAUUGCCGCAACCAGUACUGAGUCCUUAGUUUGACUGUGGUUGGACCCACAUCCCAUCUGGCACUGCUGAUGGAGAGGAAGUAGUAUUAUCUUUCUUCCCCCGUUUGAACCACACACUCUCCCGUUUUUCAUCGGUCUUCUGGAUUGUAUUAAAUAACCGUAGUAGGGCUCCAAGCAGAAUGCCUGCUGCACAGCAUAUGUUCAGUCUCAGCCUACCUGUAAGUCAGAUAGAGGGCUUAUAAUGAGACAGAACUAUCUCAUGGACAGUAAGCCACUAGAGUUGGACUUUCAUCCAAUCAGAUCUUCCGUUUUUUGAUUGGCCCCUUGCAGGUGACUGAAGGUGGAUGAUAUUUUUUGCUGUAAUUUUUAUUUUUUUUAAACAUUCUGAUUGGGUUAAGUAAAAUGUUAGUUCUGAUUUGUUGGGAAUGGUUAGUCAAAUGUUAAUUCUGAUUGGGUUAGUCAAAUGUUAAUUCUGAUUGGGUUAGUCAAAUGUUAAUUCUGGUUGUUGGGGGUUUUUGAGUUAACGGUCAUUCAUGAGUUGCCAAGGCUGUGACAAGCAGGGAGAGUAACCCAAUGCCCUUACCCUUUUCAAUGGGAUGUUUGUACAGUGAGUAGACUAAACUCCUGCAACCUUGGCAGCUCCAUUGACUUACAGUUACCUGUGAUGUGGUGCAGGGCCAGCAUAAAUAUAUGUCUAUAUCCGCGUCUCCCCCAGGUUUUGAAAGCCCAGAGCGCUCCCCCACCCACCCUGUCCCCACAUCCUGGUGUCUGUGCAGGCCCUGGUCCGCAUGCCCGUUCUGCUGCUGCCUGUAGGUCUGUCAGUGCCGAAAACCCAAACGGUUGAGGGGGCCUUGGGUUCUACUUGAGCACACCUGCAGGGAUGGCCCCUCAUGUUUAAAGCAGGUUGUAUACCACUUUCAGUACAUUGAAGGUAAGCUAUCCCCCCCUCCCCUAGAAAAAAAACUAAACUCAUCAACUUCAACUGGUCAUUACCUCAUAUAUGUUUAUUUUGUAUUACACAUGGUUUUAGCCAGAUGUCCCUGUAGACAUGGUUUACCUUCCUCCAGGGUAUCUCUUACAUGUCUUGAAACAUGGUUUCUAUAAGACAACUAUAUAUUUCUUAAGCAUAAAACAAAUCACUAUGGCAAAUAUUGGAUUUAAAAAAAUCAAAAAUCAGUCACGCAUCCAAAUUUGUAGAGAGAAAAUUGUAUCGGUGGGGGGGGGCUUUAUCCAACAAGCUGUCACCUUCAGUGUACUUCUCUUAAUGCAACAGCUACGUUUUAUUUGCUCUACUGUGUAAUGAAUACCUUUUUUUUUUUCCCCCUGCGCUCCCUUUACGGUGUUAAGAUGUUAGAAACUGUGAGGAUAGCAGUCUUGCUAUGUACACAAAAGCAUGUGUUGAAAUUGUUUCUCGGUGUGUUCUCAAAAAAAAAAAAGGCUAUGUAAGUGUUUUGUUUCCCUAUGCUAUCUGUCAUUGGUAUUCAUGUUUUGUAUGACCAUGUUGUCUUUUGAUACAGGGAUAUUCCUGCACUGAGCUUUGAGUCUGCUUGUUAUGAGCGGUAAUUGCCUCUACUUUAUUUGGUGUUAUAUAUGUUCUUAUAGGACCAAAGCAGAAAUAAAACAGCCUAAAUGAGUAGCUAAUGCAGUAUGUAUGCCUUUUCCAUAAAAUGUCUUCCCUACAUACAAAUGCCAAUGUUCAGGCCCCUUAAAGUGUCAACAAUGAACUGAAAUGCGUUCUUUUUAAAGCUAAUCCACCAAACUUAAACUAAGAAUACUUUGGUGUUCAGCAACUUUUAGGCUGGAAUCCAAACUUGAGAUCUGUGCGCCAAAACUUGACGCGUACAGAUCGAAAGUUAGGAUUUGGCCCUUACAUGCUAGAUUUAGUUCAAACCAAAGGAGCAGAAGACAUCAUUUUGUGUGCUGUUUCACUGACGCUGAUGUUUGUGCUGUUUUUCCCCACAAUGAUGUUUCCUGUGGUGGCUGAGAGCGAGACAGUCCAGCACUUCCUUCUCCAGCCCGGGCUCCACUUUCAGAGAGACAAGACCUCCACAAGGCCACUUAUCAAGGUCAUUUCUGAUGGCAUGUGUAGAUACUAAAAGCCGUAAGCUAUAGAAAUAAAUAGUCGCAAACUCAUAUAUAACUCCCAGCGACUCUAUUUAGUUGUAUAGCUUCCAGUUAAUUCACCCUUAGUCACCACCUCUACACAAAUGUUCUCUGGGGAUGCUCCAGCUUUUUAUUACAUACUAAAAGCCAACAACACUGGGGGUGAUGUAAAAUACAAUAUGGGGAAUUAAUUUUGCCUACUGUUUUCCGGGAAGGCAUUUAUCACCCACACUCAACCAUUAAAAAGUUGUGGUUCCAAAUAUUUCCUCUCACAAGAUGUUAAGGCUUGAUCCUUGUAUUCGUCUACACAUGACAGACACUUUCUGGUUAACAAAGUGUCAUUCCAAGCUGCACAUGUACCUGAGUGUGUUUUGGUUACGCAUAUGGCUCUAAACUGGUUCCAGAUUGCCACGAGGUGUCAGGUAGCUUGACUUGUAACUGUCAAAGUUGAACCACCAGGCGUCAGGUAGCUUGACUUGUAACUGUCAAAGUUGAACCACCAGGCAUCAGGUAGCUUGACUUGUAACUGUCAAAGUUGACCCACCAGGCAUCCGGUAGCUUGACUUGUAACUGUCAAAGUUGACCCACCAGGCAUCCGGUAGCUUGACUUGUAACUGUCAAAGUUGAACCACCAGGCAUCCGGUAGCUUGACUUGUAACUGUCAAAGUUGAACCACCAGGCAUCCGGUAGCUUGACUUGUAACUGUCAAAGUUGAACCACCAGGCAUCCGGUAGCUUGACUUGUAACUGUCAAAGUUGAACCACCAGGCAUCCGGUAGCUUGACUUGUAACUGUCAAAGUUGACCCACCAGGCAUCCGGUAGCUUGACUUGUAACUGUCAAAGUUGACCCACCAGGCAUCCGGUAGCUUGACUUGUAACUGUCAAAGUUGAACCACCAGGCAUCCGUUAGCUUGACUUGUAACUGUCAAAGUUGAACCACCAGGCAUCCGUUAGCUUGACUUGUAACUGUCAAAGUUGAACCAAGAUACUUGUUCAUUUGUUCUCUAUAUGUUCUAGGUGCUGCCCUUUUAGAGAAGAGUCUCGCAAGGAACCUCCUCUGGACAAAGGUUUCUGUUCUGGAGAGUUACUGUAUUUGCAAAGGUGGACUCAUCAAUAUGACAUCAUCAUACAAAGCAGGGGAAAUUCCUGCAUACAGAAAUCAACAGCAGCAUUCAAAUCUUCUGAGACUGACACUUGUGGCUUUUCCCCUUGUGGGCAAAGCUCAAGGGAGGGUGCAAAUUAGGAAGAGGCAAAUGUGGCAGUCCUGGCAGAUUUUUAUUCCAUCGUUGAUGUCUGUAAGCAGGAAGACGGGGCAUGUAUGAUGAUGUCAAUUAUUAGUAGACAUGUCAUGACCUGACAUUUUCAAAUAUACUAUCAGUAACUACUUCAGUUAUUAUAAUGAGUCAGUAUUAGACACGUUGUUACCAUAAUGAGUCAGUAUUAGACACGUUGUUACCAUAAUGAGUCAGUAUUAGACACGUUGUUACCAUAAUGAGUCAGUAUUAGACACGUUGUUACCAUAAUGAGUCAGUAUUAGACACGUUGUUACCAUAAUGAGUCACUAUUACACGUUGUUACCAUAAUGAGUCAGUAUUAGACACGUUGUUACCAUAAUGAGUCAGUAUUAGACACGUUGUUACCAUAAUGAGUCAGUAUUAGACACGUUGUUACCAUAAUGAGUCAGUAUUAGACACGUUGUUACCAUAAUGAGUCAGUAUUAGACACAUUGUUACCAUAAUGAGUCACUAUUACACGUUGUUACCAUAAUGAGUCAGUAUUAGACACGUUGUUACCAUAAUGAGUCAGUUAGACACGUUAUUACCAUAAUGAGUCAGUUAGACACGUUGUUACCGUAAUGAGUCACUGUUAGACACGUUGUUACCGUAAUGAGUCACUGUUAGACAUGUUGUUACCGUAAUGAGUCACUGUUAGACACGUUGUUACCGUAAUGAGUCACUGUUAGACACGUUGUUACCGUAAUGAGUCACUAUUACACGUUGUUACCAUAAUGAGUCACUAUUACACGUUGUUACCAUAAUGAGUCAGUGUUAGACACGUUACCGUAAUGAGUCAGUAUUAGACACGUUGUUACCGUAAUGAGUCAGUAUUACACGUUGUUACCGUAAUGAGUCAGUAUUACACGUUGUUAUUGAAUGAGUCAGUAUUAGACACGUUGUUACCGUAAUGAGUCAGUAUUACACGUUGUUACCGUAAUGAGUCAGUAUUAGACACGUUGUUACCGUAAUGAGUCACUAUUACACGUUGUUACCGUAAUGAGUCACUAUUACACGUUGUUACCGUAAUGAGUCACUGUUAGACACGUUGUUACCGUAAUGAGUCACUAUUACACGUUGUUACCAUAAUGAGUCACUAUUACACGUUGUUACCGUAAUGAGUCAGUGUUAGACACGUUACCGUAAUGAGUCAGUAUUAGACACGUUGUUACCGUAAUGAGUCAGUAUUACACGUUGUUACCGUAAUGAGUCAGUAUUACACGUUGUUAUUGAAUGAGUCAGUAUUAGACACGUUGUUACCGUAAUGAGUCAGUAUUACACGUUGUUACCGUAAUGAGUCAGUAUUAGACACGUUGUUACCGUAAUGAGUCACUAUUACACGUUGUUACCGUAAUGAGUCACUAUUACACGUUGUUACCGUAAUGAGUCACUAUUACACGUUGUUACCGUAAUGAGUCAGUGUUAGACACGUUGUUACCGUAAUGAGUCUGUGUUGGACACGUUGUUACCGUAAUGAGUCUGUGUUGGACACGUUGUUACCGUAAUGAGUUACUAUUACACGUUGUUACCAUAAUGAGUCGUUGUUACCGUAAUGAGUCAGUGUUAGACACGUUGUUACCGUAAUGAGUCAUUGUUACCGUAAUGAGUCUGUGUUAGACACGUUGUUACAAUAAUGAGUCAGUGUUAGACACGUUGGGUGAGAUUUUGGACCCAUUAGACUUUUGAGAUUUGUUCAUGAACUCAAUGUUUUUCCUUAUGGAUUCUGAGAAAGUAUAUGGCAAUCAUGAUAAAUUGUAUUAGUUCGAUUGAACUUUUGUUAUAAUGUGCCUAAAUCUAUGCCAAAGUGACCAACAAUAAGGUAAUACUUUUUCUUGUUAUUGAUAAAUAUGGCCAGAUUCAUGUUAUCACUGGUAACAUUGCAAUUUUGUGUUUUUGUUUUUCAGGGUAAGUCAGAACUUCUCUUCACUGCCUUGGUUCCCUCAGUCUCCUCUUUCUGCUUUGGUGCCCAUGUAAGACUCGAGACCAGAGAGAUGUUCAAUGAAUGAGCCCAGUGGAUAUUUCUCAGAUAGAAAAUGUUAAAACAGAAAUAUAUAUAUAUAUAUUUUUUUUUAUUAAUUUUUAUUUUAAAUGUAUGUAAGACAUUUGUCUACAUCCUUCACUUUUUUCAAUGUAAUCCAACCCAAAUGACUGUACACUACUGUUUCGUUAUGAUAUAACAUCAAUGUGCAUAUUCUGUCCUUUAUUGAGAACGUAACACCUUGUGUUCAUUUUCCUUUGUGUAUUAAUAUAAUAAAAACAGGCACAGACUACCA